AGAAUAACAAAUGUUCAAAUGUCCUAACAUGUCCGAAAAGAUGAUAACCGGCUACACCAGGUCAUCCCAUCAGCUCCGACCCGGAUGUUCCGGUCACCUUCAUUCAAAUCACCGUUUCCUCUCACCCUUCUAACCCCAUCACUUCUUCUCCUUCUCCUCCGUCGCUUUCCGGCGAUCGCCGGAGUGGAUCCAAGCCUCUGUGGAAGAUCUACAGUGCGCUUCGGCCCUCGUGUCGUGCUUUUGGAAGUGGGAUGUGGACUCGCCGGAGCUAUGGCGAGGUCCUCCAGUGCUGGAUCGAGGAGACGCUUGGCUGGAUGAAAUGGAGGGUUUGAAAUCCAUGGCCGUGUUUCUAGGGUUUUGAGAGGGCAUUGGGAGGUUUAGAGCCAUUGGUUCUGGUUGAAAAGUUGGGAGGUUUCUCGAGUUUUCGAACAAGUGCUAGUGUUUGGGAGUUUGGGAUAGCGAUAGAGUUGGUCUAAAAAGUAGAAAAGAUUCAGGUGUGUUUCGUGAGACAUUGACUCUGAGAUCCAGAGCUAAAAGCAGGAAGAGAAGGUGGUGCUCGGAUUCUCUCAUGGCUGGGGCACCCAGGGUGAGGUCCAUGAACGCCGGAGACAUCGAGGCGAGGCCGGUGCUUGUUCCGGCAGGCAACAAGGCCCGGUUGGUGACCAGGAAACCGGUUUCGAAGCCUCCUCCGAAGGUGGAGGCGAAGAAGCUUAAGAUUCCGGUUCCGGCUGUGGAUUCGCCGCCUUCGUCGCCAGCUCUUAGCCCGCCGGCGCUGUUGAGACGGCAUGAGUUGUUACUUCACUCGAACCUUUCGAUGAAUGCUUCUUGCUCGUCGGAUGCAUCUACUGAGUCCUUCUGCAGCCGCGCGUCCACGGGGAGGAUUGGAAGAAUGGGGUUCACUGGCCGGCGGAGGCAGAGUGUUCUGAGAGCGGAGAAGAUUGGUGCGAAGCCUGAGAAGAUUGUUCCGGAUGGUGUCGUAAUGGGCUCGCCGGAAGUCUCGCCGGGGAGAAGAAGAUGUGCUUGGGUUACUCCAAACACUGAUCCAUGCUAUGUUGCUUUUCAUGAUGAAGAAUGGGGCGUCCCGGUGCAUGAUGAUAAGAAAUUGUUUGAGUUGCUUGUAUUCUCAAGUGCAUUGUCUGAGCUUACCUGGCCAACAAUCCUAAGUAAAAGGCAGAGUUUUAGGGAAGUCUUCAUGGAUUUCAAUCCUGACGCCGUUGCUAAACUAAAUGAGAAAAAGUUCAUAGCCCCAGGAAGCACUGCAAGCUUUCUACUAUCAGAGCCAAAGCUUCGAGCGGUUAUCGAAAAUUCACGCCAAAUACUCAAGAUUGCAGAGGAUUUUGGAUCAUUCUCCAAUUACUGCUGGAGCUUUGUAAAUAACAAGCCUAUAACAAGCAGGUUCCGUUACCCUCGACAAGUCCUGGUGAAAUCCCCGAAGGCAGAUGUGAUGAGUAAGGACUUAGUCAGGAGAGGUUUCCGUUGUGUCGGCCCCACUGUCGUCUACUCCUUCAUGCAAGCCGCAGGCUUAACCAACGACCAUCUCAUCAGCUGCUUCCGAUUCACAGAGUGUGCCGUGGGAGUGACCACUUCUGUGAUACCUGCAGGUGUAAAUGUAAAUGAAGGAGAUAGGGUUGAUAUAGAUCAGAAGGUGGUGCUGGAGAAGAUGGAUGUUUGUGAAGACGUUGCUAUGUGUAUUGAUUUGCAACUGUGAAGAGUUAGUAGUAAGAAUGAUGGAGUGUGUGUACACCAAUUUGUUUUCCUGGUGCUGCAGCUAUUAACCUAAUCUUUGAGGGUAGAAUUUGUGUAUAAAUGUGGCAAGAUUUUUAAU